UGUCCCUCUUCAGACGACGAACAUCAACGCUUGUCCUACUCGCUGUAAUCGUUGUGCUUUGCUUGUAUGGACUACCAAGCAGUCAUGACCGAGAGUCUGAGCAUCCGCGCGAUGUCCGAAGUCAGCGGCAACAAGCACCUCUGCAGCCAAUUCCCGUCUCAUCCACAAAGUAUGAACCAAAGCUCAAACCAAAGCCCACACCGAGACUUGGAAAGCACAAAUUUCGGCCAGACGGACUUCUCGAAGUAAACCUAGACGGCCCGCAUGCCAUCUACGAGCUCAUUUCGCGGGCGGAGAUGGAAUGGAAAGAGAAACUUUCGCGGCAAAGCAGAACGCUGGUCCAAGCAGUCGAGGAAUACAAGAGACGGUAUAAGCGCUCGCCGCCUAAGGGUUUUGAUCUCUGGUGGAACUACGUCGUGGAGCACAACGUCCAGCUACCAGACGAGUAUGACCAGAUAUUCAACGACCUGGAGCCAUUUUGGGGCCUCGAGCCAUCAGAUCUCAUCAAGAUACACGAGGAGAACGAGUUGAAAAAGGAUUCGUACACUAUCGGCAAGAAUGAGACCAGUGAGAUUGACGUGGUGACCUGGGCGUUCCAGGAGGGGCGGUACAACCAGCUUAUUGUGGGCUCAAGGGAGAUCGUCAAGAUGUUCAAGCAAAUCCAAGACUAUCUCCCUCCUUUCCGGAUGACGCUCUCCCCUCAUGACGGACCUAAUAGGCUGACGGACUUCGGCGUGAGGCAGGCGGCGUUGGAAGCAGCUGCAGCAGGAACUUGCAUCGAUAAAUCCGCGCUGCCCAAAAUCAACUCUAUCGGGUGGGUGUCCGCCUGCGCUCCUAACUCUCCUGCCCGGCGGAAGACGAUCAACCUCGACAGCCCACCACCGCGCCCAACAAAAAAGACCUUCAUCUGGGACCACGUCAAGACAAUGGACCCAUGCGAACACCCCGACCAUUUCUACCACCAUGGCCAGUUCCUGUCGCAUAACAAUGGACCGUCGCCGCAACACGUCCUUGUCCCGGAAUUCUCGUACUGCAGCACCACCAUUCAUCACAACAUCCGCUUCCCUGUGCCGUACGGGUGGUUGGAGGACAUUUACCCGCGUGCGAACGAUCCCGAGUGGGAUCAGAAGAUAGACGAGCGCUUACUCUGGCGGGGAAGCAAUACGGGGAUGUUUCACAACUCCAAGUCGCGGUGGCAGCAUUCCCACAGGGAUUUUUUGGUGGCUUAUGCGAACAAGAUAGAUGGGGUGAUCAAGGUGCUCCCGCCGAACAAGGCGCGGAGCGAGAAACUAGGCGAGCUCCAAGAGUUCAAGAUGGCGAGGAUCAACCCUGCUAUCAUGGACAUCGCGUUCGCAGGCCAUCCGAUUGCGUGUUCUCCAGGUACCUGUGAGGUGCUCCAGGAGACGUAUGAGUGGAGGGAAAAACAGAGCAUCAAGGAGGCGGGCAAUUAUAAAUAUGUCCUCGAUGUGGACGGCAACGGGUGGUCAGGGAGGUUUAAGCGCCUAAUCACGACGAACGCACUAAUUUUCAAAUCGACGAUAUACCCAGAGUGGUAUGCGGAUCGAGUCGCUCCCUGGGUGCAUUACGUGCCUGUACAAAUCGACCUCUCCGAUUUGCAUGACGCACUGAUUUUUUUCCGCGGAGACGGAAAUGGUGAAGGAGCACACGAAAAUCUGGCUCGGAAGAUCGCCGUUGCUGGCAGGGAAUGGAGCAAAAAUUUCUGGAGGAAAGAGGAUUUGAUAUCUUACUUGUUUAGGCUUACGCUAGAAUAUGCUCGCCUGAUGAGCACUGAUAGACAAUCAAUGACGUAUUCGGGUGAUGAUGACUACUCUUAAU